CAGCGCUAUUGUCAAUCUGGCAGGUGACAGAACAUUGAUACAUUUGGAUCAGAUAAUCAGAAACGAAAAUUGUACAAGCGUUUAAAUAUUGGCUGCUAUGCUUAAAAAAUUUCCAGUUCAAAAUGCGACAGAAAGACUACCAGCCCUAACUUGGAAAAGCUAGGGCAUUCAUUGUUAAAGUGUAGUUAGACUGUUGUUGUAAAUUGUGUUAGGUGUAUAGUUAGAAGUUACACAUAUUGUAAGAUAUCUAGUAAGAAAAAUGCCAGUUUUCACGGCAAACAUACCUGCUGAUCUGAAGAUUGGCGAUAGAAUAGAAAUUGGCGGUAAAAUUAAGAAAAAUGCUAGAAAAAUGUCAGUUAACCUGUGCGCGCAGGAGGGCGAGGAGCCGCGAGACGUGGUACUCCACUUUGACGUGCGCUUCCAUAGAGACAACAUCAUAUCCCUGUCUCGCAAGAACGGACUGUGGAUAGGCAGCGGGAAUUAUGACACCAACUACAACAUGUUCGUGCCCGGCACAAUGUUCCGCAUAAUCUUCGAGAUUAAAGACACCGACGUCAUCACGAUCUACUGCCAGGGCAAGUUCCAUUCCAACUUCCUGCCCAAGAUCCCCUUGUCCAUGGCGAAGUACAUCGUGGCCUGGGCUGAUAUACAGCGGAUUACGCAUUGCUUCUUCCACACGGCAGCCAAAGCCCCUGGCGGAGACCAGCCCCCCGUCGCACCUCUGACACCGCGACCCACCGUGGCCCCUGCUGUUGUGCUGGAAACUAAGCGCAGCACUCGUGUGAAGAAACAUCCUGUCCAGGACUGUCCCCAGCUGCUCUCGUCAGAGAGCUCUGACGACGAGCAGUCGGCGAAAGUCCGACCGAAAGCCGAAGGUCGGGCUGACAAGUUCUUCUUUGAGACGCUCAUGUGCCAACAGUCAAGGGAAACCACUAAAUUCGGCGGAGCGGCAGCAGAACCCCACUACAGAACCACCAGUCGAGACCGUGUCAGGCCAGACUGUGCGAGAAAAUUUGAACAAAUGCAUGAAAGCGACUACUCUGAGGACAUUACUUCAAAGAAUGAGUACUCUGCCUCUGCGGCAGACGACAUUGAAGUGUUGCCAGGUAAAAAACACAUGAUGCGGCGCGGGAAGUUCCCAUUCGGCCAAUUCGUCAAUUUAAUGGGGAAAACUAAUAGGAGAAAUUAAUUGUUUGUGAUAUUGUGUUUGUUAAGUGU